AUGUCCAAGUUUUCGCUUAAAGGCCGGGUUGCUGUAGUCACUGGCGGUGGCCGAGGUUGUGGCUUGGCAUUCGCCCAAGGUCUCGCCGAGGCUGGGGCAGACGUUGCCAUUUUUGAUCUGAUAGACCCGGAGCCAUCUGCCUUUGAGGAACUGUCUUCUACGAACGGGGUGAAAGCAAAAGCAUAUGUCGUCGAUGUAACAUCGAUCUCCAGCUUGGAAAAGGCCUUUGCCGCUGUGGCAGCCGACUUUGAUGGCAAGCUCGAUAUCUUCGUCGCUUGCGCCGGUGUGAACAAGAACGUUGAGUUUCUGGAUACUGAAGAGGCAGACUUUGACAGGCUGUAUGGGGUCAACUGCAAGGGCCUCUACUUUUCAGCAAAGAUGGCCGCGAAGGCAAUGAUUGCCAACGGCACUAAGUGCGGAAGCAUAAUCUUUGUUGCAAGUAUCGCAUCGUACAUGGCCAUUCGCUCCCAACGAUCCACUGCGUAUUGCGGUACAAAGGGAGCAGUACGAGCGAUGGUCGCUCCAAUUGCUGCCGAGCUGAACAAGUACGGGAUCCGGGUCAACUCCAUCUCACCUGGCUAUGUGCGAACAGAAAUGACGGCUCCCUUUCCUGAUCUACUUGAGGGGUGGAAGGACGAGAUUAUGAACGGCAGGGUAGCGGAGCCUGACGAUAUCAAGGGUGCCUGUGUUUUCUUAGCGAGCGAUGCCAGCAAAUACUGCCAGGGAAGCGAUAUCUUGGUUGAUGGUGGCGUGACCAAGUGGUAG